UAAUCGCUAAUGCUCCCCACAGCCACACCCGAUGCUACAUGCAGCCUAAUGGCUCGCAGCUGCAAUAGAUGUUAACCAGCUCGCAGAAAGGGGAAAGAGAGUGAAAGAACAGAGAACAAAGAGAGAGAGAGAGAGAGAGAGAGAGAGAGAGAGAGAGAGAGAGAGAGCUACACAGCUACUAAUGCAAUAGAAACUCGUGUUAGAAAAAUGUGAUUUCAGUUGCUAACGUCAGCAGCGGGCUGUAAUAAAUAGACAGUUCUCUCUGUACAUUGUAAUACAAUAAAUAGCAGCUGGAAAAUACUCUCUUUUCUGUAGCCAGUGAGUAGUGCGUACUGGCCCGUCGCUACGCAUUGAGGCAGCAGCCACUCUUUCUGAUGGCGAUUCUGAUGACCCGCUGCAGCUGAGACAUGGCAAGCAAUCGCAGCGGCGAAUCUUAUCUGCUUUCAUCGCAGCAUUUAAAGAGGUAGAGACCACCAUCACUCUCUGCCAAUGCCGCUUUCCACUCCACGAUGAGCGUAGCUUUGCAAGACCUCAGGAACAAUUUGUGGACUAGAGUGACAGCCUUUACUCACCUCCGUGUUAGAUUGGAAGGCGUCUUUUCCCACGCAGAUGUCGAACUACAAGCACACAACUUUUGAGGACGAUGACGUCCUGGACAUCCCCACUGAUGGUGCAGCUUCCCCGGACUGCUUGGAGGUCAGCUUCAGGAAGGGAGGUAUCCACUCUUUGGAUGCAAUGGGUAGGAGGACCCAGCUGGAGGUGAUCCUGACUGGCCUGCUCCUGGUGACGGUCCUAGCCUUGUUCGGGUGUGCCGUAUCCCUGGGGAUCCGCUACAGCACAGACCCAGCCCGCACCAUGUGCCUGACGGAGGCCUGCAUCACAGUGUCCUCUAAGAUCAUCGAGGCCCUGGACCGCAGCGUGGAUCCCUGCGAGGAUUUCUACCAGUACGCUUGCGGGGGCUGGAUGAAGAAGAACCCACUCCCUGACGGGCGCUCUCGCUGGAGUACCUUCAACAGCAUCUGGGACCAGAACCAGGCUAUCCUCAAACACCUGCUGGAGAACACCACAUUUAACUCGAGCAGCGAGGCGGAGAAGAAAACGCAGCACUACUACCUGUCCUGCCUGAACGAGCAGAGCAUCGAAGAGCUGGGAGCCCAGCCGCUCAUAGAUCUCAUCAACAAGAUCGGUGGUUGGAACAUCACCGGCCCCUGGGAUAAAGACAACUUCAUGGAGGUGCUGAAGACCGUCUCGGGACCCUACAGAGCUAUGCCCUUCUUCACCAUCUAUGUGAGCGUUGACCCCAAGAACUCCAACAGCAAUGUCAUCCAGGUCGACCAGUCGGGACUGUUCCUUCCCUCUCGGGAUUAUUACCUCAACAAGACAGCCAAUGAAAAGGUGUUGACAGCGUACCUGGAGUACAUGGCUGAGCUGGGCAUGCUCCUGGGCGGCGAUCACAACACCACGCGGGCGCAGAUGCAGCAGAUCCUGGACUUCGAGACCAUGCUGGCCAACAUCACGGUGCCACAGGAUGAGCGGAGAGACGAGGAGAAGAUCUACCACAAGAUGACCAUCGCAGACCUGCAGACUCUGGCUCCAGUGAUUGAUUGGCUGGAUUACCUGUCCACGGCCUUAUCUCCACUGGACCUGAACGACACAGAGCUGGUGGUGGUGUACGCCAGGGACUACCUGCAGCACGUAUCGGAGCUCAUCAACAAGACUGACAAGAGCCUGUUGAACAACUACAUGAUGUGGAACCUCGUGCAGAAAACAGCUUCCAGCCUGGACCAGCGCUUCGAGAACGCCCAGGACAAGCUGCUGGAGAGUCUGUAUGGUACCAAGAAGUCCUGCACGCCUCGCUGGCAGACAUGCAUCGGAAACACGGACGACACUCUGGGCUUUGCUCUGGGGGCACUGUUCGUUAAGGCUACAUUUGACAAGCACAGCAAAGAGAUUGCAGAGGGAAUGAUCAAUGAAAUCAGAUCCGCUUUUAAGGAGGGUCUAGAUGAGCUCACCUGGAUGGAUAGCCAGACCCGACAAGCAGCUAAAGAAAAAGCUGAUGCCAUCUACGAUAUGAUCGGGUUUCCUGAUUUCAUUCUGGAUAACAAAGAUCUGGACGAUAUUUAUGAUGGAUACGACGUUUCCGAAGACUCCUUCUUCCAGAACAUGCUGAACUUUUACAACUUCUCAGCCAAAGUGAUGGCAGACCAGCUCCGGAAAGCACCCAACAAGGACCAAUGGAGUAUGACGCCCCCUACAGUCAAUGCUUAUUACAUGCCGACAAAGAACGGGAUAGUCUUCCCAGCGGGCAUCCUGCAGGCCCCCUUCUAUGCCAGGGACCACCCCAAGGCUCUGAACUUUGGUGGAAUCGGAGUGGUGAUGGGUCACGAGUUAACGCAUGCCUUCGAUGACCAAGGAAGGGAAUACAAUAAGGAUGGGAACCUUCGACCCUGGUGGCAGAAUUCCUCGCUGGAGGCCUUUAAGAACCGCACAGAGUGCAUGGAGGAGCAGUAUACCAACUACAGCAUCAAUGCAGAGCACAUCAAUGGCAAGCAAACCCUGGGGGAGAACAUUGCCGACAACGGGGGGCUCAAAGCUGCCUAUCACGCAUACCGAGCGUGGGUCCAGAAGAACGGUGAGGAGAAGCUGCUCCCGGCCGUGGGGCUCAACAACCACCAGCUCUUCUUCGUGGGGUUUGCACAGGUGUGGUGCUCGGUCCGGACCCCUGAGAGUGCCCACGAGGGGCUGAUGACCGACCCCCACAGCCCCCCCAAGUUCCGGGUCAUCGGCACGCUCUCCAACUCCAAAGACUUUGCGGAACACUUCAACUGUCCCAUGGGCUCUCCGAUGAACUCGGGCCAGCGCUGCGUGGUGUGGUAGAGGAGCUGAAGCCAGGCAUCGGACUUUGCUUUGUGUAAAAGACAAAAUAAUGCUGGAAUUCAAGAGAAAAACCUGAGUGAGAAAGAGAGCUAAAAUACGGGCUGUCUUUAUAUUUAUGUCCUUCAUUAUGACAGCGCACUGCCAUUCCUUGUCUGUUCUUUGUUCUUGUCUGUUAAAUCUAAGUUGUUCUUCUUCCGAUCAAAUAUUUAUAAUAGCAACUGUGUUCUGCAAAGGAUGCAUAUUGGUUUGUUGUUGGGUAAAGAUAUUAAAGCUGAAAAAAAGACUGGUAAAGUCUUGACCCUGUCUCGUGAGAGUGGACUGUGCAGUGGUGUGCGACUCCCAUAGCUGUUGUCUGGAAGGCAUUGUCUGGUGUUUCUGUGUCGGUUCAAUCAGCACACACGGAGCACACUGACACAAUGGAUGCUGAAAUAUUGUUUAAAUUUCAUUUCCACAGCAUCAAUCCAUUCACUCAGUUUACUGCACAGUUAUAGUUCUGUCAAACAAAAAAUAAACUAUAGGCAGACCAAAAUAGUGCUAGCAUCCCAUUCAAAUAGAAUACAUAAUCUUCAGAUUCUUUCAGCCAGGUCUAUCACCAACAAUAACAUGGCUAAAUUACAACGAAGGAACGAUUCACAUGUCCAGUUGAGAAUGCAUCAUCCUAGUUUGAGAACUCUCUGCUCUGGUGAAAAUGACAACGUGGUCUCAACACUGAUCCGCAACGUUCUAUAAACAGCUUUAAUAACAGCCGUGUCACGUAUUUGUAAAGAAGUUUUCUUUUCAGUGUCGAAUACAUUGUGAUUCACACCUCAGGAAAGCUGGGUGCCUGUGUUUUACAAGAAUGUGUCUUUAAAAAUGCCAUUGAAAUUUUUUUUUUUCAAUCUUCAGCUUUAAUUUGACAUGGCACUAUAGUGACUCCCAUUGGCUAGAACGGUGGGCACAUUGGUACAUACUAUAUAAUAGCAGCUUAGUGCCCAGUCUGAGGUCCCUGGUCUUGUGCAUUUGUAAAGUUUCUAAUGUUCAGAGGUUUUGCAGUAGAGACUUUAGGUUCCUCAGCAAGUCUGAGAGUUUGACGAAAACACUGUUAAAGAGACACCCAGAAGGGCUCAAACACACUGU